AUGGCUUUCGCAGGAAAUAUUCAGACAUCGCGCAAGAAUUGUGCCUCAACAAACUUUCCCUUUUGCAAAUCCAACGAGGAAUCAACAUUCCUUCAAGGAGAUUGCACGGAGUACGAUCAAAAUUUUGUCGGAUGUCAAAAUGAUGCGAAACCUGCUCUUCGGCGUGAUCAGUUGCGCGAAGCCUACGAGAAAAAACUGAGACUAAUACUGGCUAAAAAUGCCAGCGAGCAAUUGGAAACCCUCCACCGGCAGGAAGAAGAACGGAGCCAGCUGCGGAAACGGAUGAACUACUAUAUGGCAAAGGACAAUAAGCACGAUCCUCAGUAUAGUUUGCAACGCACGGAUGACGCUGUUACAUUUUGGAGUUAUAAAAAUCGUAGAAAUGGUAACCAUCGCAUAAAUAAUGCGUUCACGAAACACCAUGAUGAAAAAUUGGAUGUUCAGUUUGAAUAA